UGUAUUGAUGUAAUGUAAACUGAUGAAGAUCAUAGCAAUACGUCUCUCUCACGUUUAUUGUGACAAGGUGUAACAGCCGAUUCGGGAGAAACGGAAGUUGGUGUCUUCGGUAAUGCCGAAGCUUUCAAUAGAAGGAAUUUGUCAAACGUAAAUUACACAAUCGCGACAUCAGGGAAUAAACAGUGAUUGGGAGGUCACAGUUGUUGAGAUACGCUAUCGUUGUUUCAAUAUAGCUAGUGUUGCAGUGUUGUAUUGAUUUAUGCUUGUAUUGUUCCUGGAUUUAAUGUAAUGAUGGAGUUUGCAAGUCCGUGUCCGGUGUCACUGACAGGGCCACCUUCGCACAUGUUUAUGACGCUGAUAAACACAAUUAUGACUUCUCAGUGUCUAUUAUCACCCGCAAACCUUUUUCCGUCAGACCACGCGACCCACUUGAAAGACGGUGACCAGUUCGACUUCAUCGUGGUCGGCGGCGGUUCGGCAGGGUCCAGGGUCGCCAGUAGACUAUCGGAAAAUCCCAAGUGGAAGGUGCUUCUCUUGGAGGCCGGGGGGUAUCCGUCAGCCAACACUGAGAUUCCGGCAACCUUCUCCAGUUUGGCUGGUAGCGACCAAGAUUGGGGUUACACCAGCGAGCCGUGUAAAAAUGCGUGUCUAGGGGUGAAGGAGCGAAGAUGCUCGUGUCCGCGUGGGAAGACAUUGGGAGGCUCGAGCGCGAUUAACGGUAUGCUUUACUUGCGAGGAAGUCGGAAGGAUUACGACACCUGGGCCAACGACGGGAACGUCGGUUGGGAUUUUGACUCGGUCCUGGAACACUUCAGACGAAUUGAGGAUCUGCAAGGCGUCGACGAUGAACGCUUCGGUAAGGGAGGAGACCUGAAAUUGGUGCAACAGAUCAGUCCGCAGCCGAUUCGCAAGGGACUGCUUGAAGCGUACAACGAGCUAGGGUACGGUGCAUAUAAGGAAGAGAAGCCGAUUGGGUAUUUCGACUUUUAUACAAAUAUCUGGAAGGGUACCAGAUAUAGUGCGGCCAAAGCGUUCUUGGCUAAGGCAAAAGAGCGCAGAAACCUGUACAUAGCGCUUAAGGCUCAGGUCGGUAAGGUUACCAUCGGUGAAGACCUAUCAGUAACAGGCGUCGAAGUGCGCACCAACGGUAGAAUUAUCAAAAUUAAGGCGACGAAAGAGGUGGUGCUUUCAGCCGGAAGCGUCAACUCGCCCCAAAUCCUCAUGAACUCCGGGAUUGGCCCAGAAGAUCAUCUAAAAGAGCUCGGCGUGCCACUCGUUAAAAAUUUGAAAGUAGGCCAAAACCUACAAGACCACCUGCUGUUUGCUGGAGUAAUGUACAACGUUGUCGACAAUGCGUUUGUGCCAAAAACUGCCGAAGACGUAAUAGACGACUGGUACCAGUAUCUUAGACACAGAACUGGGCCACUUAGUAUGACAACAAUUGAAAAUUUCAUGUUCUUCGCCGAUCCCAUGGGUAACACUGAAGAUCCCUCCGUGCAGCUCUAUUACAUCCCAAUGUACAAGAACGACGUGUAUGGCGGCCUAAAAGCGGUUCAAACCUUAUAUAAACUACCAGAAGAAGUUCGAGCGGUACAAAACGAAAGUAUAGAGAAAUCGCACGGCAUCUUUCUAAUACCAACGCUAACGCAUCCAAAAUCCGUUGGUCAAAUUUUAUUACGCAGCGCCGACCCGUACGACACUCCGAAGAUAUUCACCAACUACCUCAGCGAUCCCGAAGGCGAAGACCUCCAAGCUCUCUUGGACGGCGUGCGAUUUUUCCAGAACCUCACCGCAACCAGGGCGUUUUCUAGGUACAACCCUGAGCGGUUGCACUUCCCUUUCAAAAACUGCCGACAGCAUGCACCCGACAGCGACGAUUACUGGAAGUGCGCGUUUCGAAACAUUGCGAGCACAGUCUACCACUUGGUCGGGACGUGCAAGAUGGGACCGAAGAGCGACCCCGACGCCGUCGUCGAUCCGAGAUUGCGAAUUCACGGAAUGCGAGGGAUACGCGUGAUCGACGCGUCGAUCAUGCCGAAAUUGGUCAGCUGCAAUACGAACGGGCCGACGAUGAUGAUUGGGGAGAAAGGUGCGAGCAUGAUCUACGAAGAUUGGCGCGAAGGUCGUGCGGAGUUGUGAUUUCUACUUAUAUACAAAUGCCAUUUGGUCCACUAAUGCACCUGCAUCUUAGAAUCAAGAAACCAGUGAAUUUCGUGCCAUAAUUAAAAUAGUAUUCAAGUAUAAAUAAUGAUGUGAUAAUUGAGGAAUAAUUCUUUAUAAAUUAUAUUUGAUACCA